CUGUCUUGUACCUGGACUAAACAAAUAUUUAAGCUUGCCAAACGGCUUUCCCAAAUCAGAAAAGAAUCGAAGAAUUCAAGGAGAGAGAAAAUAUCUCAAUGCCAUUUAGGUUUUCUUUGCACCUUCACCAUCUCAACUAAUCAAUCAUAUUUCCCCAACAGUACUAAAAAGAGAAAAAGAUCAAAAACAAGGAAAAAGAAAACCAACACCGACUCAUUUUUGUAUCUACCUCUUCGUUGCUAAGUUCUUCCAAGUUUCAAGCUCCCCUGAUCCCUUUCUUGACCUCCACCGCCGCCUAAGUUCCUCUUACCAAUGACCCGUCCUUUUCCAGUCUAAAGGGCCGAGUGCAGGAGGGGUUUCCAGGAGCAAGUUCGUUCUUUUCGGGCAUGUCGUCAUCUUUGAAAAUCCCUCCCCCUCGACCAAUGGAGGGACUCCAAGAAACAGGUCCUCCACCGUUCCUUACCAAAACCUAUGACAUCGUCGACGAUCAGACCACUGACCAUAUUGUUUCUUGGAGUGGAGGGAACAACAGCUUUGUUGUUUGGGAUCCCCAGGCCUUUUCCACCAGUCUUCUCCCCAAAUAUUUCAAGCACAACAAUUUCUCAAGCUUUGUCCGACAGCUCAACACCUAUGGCUUUAGGAAGGUUGAUCCAGAUAGGUGGGAGUUUGCCAAUGAAGGGUUUCUUAGAGGACGAAAGCAUCUUCUAAAGAGUAUAAGGAGGAGGAAAACGCCUCAACCUCAACCUCAGGCUUCACAGCAGGCUCUGGACACUUGUAUUGAAGUUGGACGGUUUGGAUUAGAAGGAGAAGUUGAUUGGUUGAGGCGUGACAAGCAGGUUCUAAUGGCAGAACUGGUGAAGCUUAGACAGCAGGAACAGGAUAAUAGAACUUACCUCCAAGCAAUGGAGGAUAGACUUAGAAAGACAGAACUGAAACAGAAACAGACGAUGAGUUUCCUGGCAAGAGCAAUGCAGAACCCCAACUUUAUAAAACAACUAGUUCAGCAGAAGGACACCCGGAAAGAGAUAGAGGAAGCGACAACUAAGAAGAGAAGACGACCUCUUGAUCAAGGGCCUAUUAACCUUGAAGUUGACGAAUUAGGCCAAGGUGGAGAAAGCUUUGUUAAAGUUGAGCCUCAGGAUCAUGGUGACAUGUCCGAGUUUGAAGUUUCAGUGCUGGACAGACUUGUUAUGAACGUGCAGGGACCAUGUUCUGGCCGAAGCCAAUUAGAGAACCCAGACGAAGAACAUAUAGAGGAAGGAGAGAAACAUGAAAGGAGAGAUAAGGACCUUGACGAGGUAUACUUCUGGGAAACUUUGUUGAAUGAUGGUUGUAUCGAAGAAGAAAUUGGUAUAGCGGGUGUUGAAGAAGAAGAUGAAGAAGAAGUGGAUGUGUUGGCUGAGCAGCUUGGUUACCUGGCCUCUAGUCCUAAAUAGAGAAGAACCACCCCUUGAUUUGGCUUUCCACUUGUAUUAAUGCUUCAAUUAUGAGCUAGGUGGGACCCUCCUACACUAUUUUGACUGCCCAAUUAUCUGUUUGUUUAUUUGUUUUUGUUGUUGUUUCUUUAUUUUCAUGAUCAGUUAAUCUGGGUGAUCUUCUUGAUGUCAAAACACGGCCAUGCAAGGAACAAGCUGAAAUGCAUGAACCAUAUGCAUGCAUGUGUAUUACUCAAACGGAGUAAUUAGCAGAUCAUCUACAAGAUACAA